GAGAUCAGCUGUGCUUCUCUGGUCUCAGCUCUGAAGUCCAACCCCUCCCAUCUGACAGAACUGGACCUGAGCUUCAACAUCAACCUGCAGGAUUCAGGAGUGAAGCUGCUGUCUACUGGACUGGAGAGUCCAAACUGUAGACUUUCCUUAUUCAGGUUGAUUGGCUGCAGUUUGUCAAAGACCAGCUGUGCUUCUCUGGCCUCAGCUCUGAAGUCCAACCCCUCCCAUCUGACAGAACUGGACCUGAGUCACAACAACCUGCAGGAUUCAGGAGUGAAGCUGCUGUCUGAUCUGGUGGAGAGUCCAGACUGUAGACUGAAGACUCUGAGACUUUCAGGCUGUGGACUCUCAGAGACUCACUGUGAAGUCGUGGCCUCAGCUCUGAAGUCCAACCCCUCCCAUCUGAGAGAGCUGGACCUGAGCUACACCAAGCUGCAGGAUUCAGGAGUGAAGUUGCUGUCUGCUGGACUGGAGAGUCCAAACUGUAGACUGGAGACUCUGAGGUUGAGUCGCUGCAGUUUGUCAGAGAUCAGCUGUGCUUCUCUGGUCUCAGCUCUGAAGUCCAACCCCUCCCAUCUGACAGAACUGGACCUGAGUAACAACAACCUGAAGGAUUCAGGAGUGAAGCUGCUGUCUGCUGGACUGGAGAGUCCAAACUGUAGACUGAAGACUCUGAGGUUGAGGAACUGCAGGUUGUCAGAGAUCAGCUGUGCUUCUCUGGCCUCAGCUCUGAAGUCCAACCCCUCCCAUCUGACAGAACUGGACCUGAGUAACAACAACCUGCAGGAUUCAGGAGUGAAGCUGCUGUCUGCUGGACUGGAGAGUCCAGACUGUAGACUGAAGACUCUGAGGUUGAGUGGCUGCAGUUUGUCAGAGAUCAGCUGUGCUUCUCUGGCCUCAGCUCUGAAGUCCAACCCCUCCCAUCUGACAGAACUGGACCUGAGCUACAACAAAGAGCUGCAGGAUUCAGGAGUGAAGCUGCUGUCUGCUGGACUGGAGAGUCCAAACUGUAGACUGGAGACUCUGAGGUUGAGUGGCUGCAGUUUGUCAGAGAUCAGCUGUGCUUCUCUGGCCUCAGCUCUGAAGUCCAACCCCUCCCAUCUGACAGAACUGGACCUGAGCUACAACAACAAGGUGCAGGAUUCAGGAGUGAAGCUGCUGUCUGCUGGACUGGAGAGUCCAGACUGUAGACUGAAGACUCUGAGGUUGAGUGGCUGCAGUUUGUCAGAGAUCAGCUGUGCUUCUCUGGCCUCAGCUCUGAAGUCCAACCCCUCCCAUCUGACAAAACUGGACCUGAGAGGAAACGACCUGCAGGAUUCAGGAGUGAAGCUGCUGUCUCAUCUGGUGGAGAGUCCAGACUGUAGACUGAAGACUCUGAGAUGGAAGUGAUCGUGAUUGAGCGUGAGCGAUCAGAAAGGUGAUUGGCUGAGAGCCGAUCGGCUGCGUCCUGAUGAUCCAGAGAGGUUGAAGCAGCAGCAGCAGCUUGUGGGUGGAGAGGCUCUGACUGGGCCAUGUUACUGGGAGGUAGAGUGGAGAGGAGAGCUUCAUCCAGCAGUGACUGACAGAGGAACCACAACAAGUGGAGAUGAGUGUCAGUGCUGCAGUGUGAACUGCUCUGAGAUCAGCUCCACUGUCAGACACAGUGUCCAGUCCAGCAUCCUCCCUGUGUGUUGCUGUGGAUGUGACAGAGUAUCAUCACCUCUGUCCUUCUACACAGUCUCUGCAGACACUCCUCCACUCCUUCUGCUCCUCACUCUCACACCUCCUCCACCUGGAACCUGGACUUUAUAUACUCAAUAGUAUAAAUGUACAUAUAUGUAUUUGACAAAGAUGGCGCCUUUGUGUAUGGCGAGCCGUCCACCUCUGCUCUGUGUUUUGUUGCUCCUGCUCUUAAUUUCACUUUUUGUAAAUAAUGUGUCACCGUUGCUGCUGUAUGAUCGAUAAAGUCUACGUUCUACGACUGUAGUGGACAGUCAAAGAUGCUCCCACCGUUCCUGGCGUCUGUGCCCCACUACCUGCGGCGUCUGCCUGUUCCUCCGCCCCGCAAACGUCGUCACAGAAAGCGGGGGAAACGAAGCGGAGUCCUUGUUCGACUGAGAGUCUGCCUGGCACAGUCCUCGGAGUACGAUCAUCGUCACCUGCUGCGGUUACCCCGGGAAUUUGACGGCUUCAUUGUGCGGUGCUCCUCGGAGGUCAGCUGGCUCCGAUCAGCUGUUCCAGAUGCCGGCUACACACAUCCCAGCCGCCCGUGGCGGGUCAGCAUCUACAGACCAGGCUCCGUGCAGCAAAAUCUCUGUCCUGUUGCUCGUGGUUCCAAGCGAACCGACCACACACCAGUGCGCGUCCCCCUCAUUAAUACGAGGUCUUUGACAAAUGAAACUUUUAUCCUGAACGAUUGCUUCUCAACACACGUGCUGGAUUUCCUCUUAUUGACGGAAACGUGGAUUAACGUGGUUCACUGAGCCCCCCCUCUCCCCCCUCACUGUUCUUUCCUCAGUACACGUACGUCCUCGUUCGACAUUAUCUCGACUAAUGGACACUGCCCCCGUGUGUUGUUCAGUACCAUUAAUUCCGUUGUGAGCCCCCACUCUCGUCCUCUGUCUGACGCCACUGUUUCUACAUGUGAGGACUUCUUGCGCUUUUUCGUUGACAAAGUGAUGUCUGUGAGAGCGCUGAGCAGCAGCAGCAUCAGACCAGACCAGACCAGUCUGCUACAACCCCACACUCCUCAGCGUUUGACCACUUUGAGCCCAUCUCCCUCUCAUCCCUUGCUGAUGUAGUGAAACACAUGAAAACAACAAAUUGCCCUUUGGAUGUUUUCCCAACAAAAUUGCUUAAAGAGGUGUUCUCUACUGUUGGGCCUGUCCUCUUGGUUUUAAUGAACACUUGCCUUAGCUCAGGAUGUGUUCCGGCUUCUUUUAAACAUGCUGUUGUGAGACCACUUCUUAAAAAAACACAUCUUGAUGCUAAUGUUUUAUCUCAUUUUAGACCUGUUUCUAACUUGCCUUUUAUCUCAAAAGUCCUUGAGAAAAUAGUUUUUGUCCAGUUACAGGCAUUUUUAGAAAAUUAUUUUAUCCUGGAAAAAUUCCAGUCUGGGUUCAGAUCACGGCAUAACACAGAGUCUGCGCUGCUUAAAGUACACAAUGACAUAGCUGUGUCUGUUGAUGCCAAACGUCCUGUUGUCCUUGUGCUGCUUGACUUAACGGCAGCAUUUGAUACAGUGGACCAUUCCAUUCUCUUGUCCCGCUUAAAUAAUUAUGUUGGUAUCCGUGGUACUGCACUCAAGCGGUUUGAUUCUUACCUAAACAACAGGACUUUUUCUGUCAUGAUUGGUGACCUGUCCUCCUCUGUUGCCUCUUUGUUUUGUGGAGUUCCCCAGGGCUCUAUUUUGGGACCUUUGCUUUUUUCACUUUAUAUGUUGCCGCAGGGCGUCAAUUAUAGCGAGACAUAAUUUAGCAUUUAACUGCUACGCUGAUGACCUCCAGCUGUAUUUACCAGUGUUCCCAACCAAAAGUGUUGCUCUUCAGUCCCUCACAGACUGCAUGACAGUGACAUAGAUUUAAAAAAAUGUACUUUUUGUUUUUAAAGCCCUCAGCGGCCUAGCUCCUAUUUAUUUGACAGAGCUUCUCUCUGUCCGAAACCCAAACAGGGUGCUAAGGUCCACAAAUCUAGGUGGAUCAAGCCUUUUCUGUCGCUUGGCCCAGACUCUGGAACAAACUGCCCCCUGACAUGCGCACCAUCACAGACUUUGGCCUCUUCAAAACUCGGCUCAAAACACAUCUUUUCAGACUGGCUUUUAAUACACAGUAAUGUGGUGACAUUUUAUU